AUGGAUCUGAAAUCGAUGCUGAACGACUCUUCAGCCCAGCGACAGCCGCCUCCUCGACUGCAUACAACACAGUCCCACGAUCACACACCCAUUCCCACACCAUCCUAUGAAUCCUAUCCCGAUCGCUCGCAGGCGCAUCCGCAACCUCUCUCUGCCGCCGAGUACCGAUCACCUGCCAAUGGUUCGUACUUUGCGGUUCAGUCACCGCGCCAGCAGAUUUCACCGCCUGCGGUCACUCCAGGCAUAGCAGGACAACCAGCGUAUGCGCAAAGCCCAGGACCUCAUGGACAAUUUCAGACGCCUCGUGAGGGUAUACCGCCUUCACAUCCAUACCAGCCGCCCCUCGCGCCCUCACCUUCAAUUCCCCAACCGCCGACGCCUGGAUCGGUCCACCAUUACCAAACACCAUCCUCAGCCGCUACUUAUCAUCAUCCUGGGGCGUAUGCUGCUUUCAACGCCCCGUCACCCAGAGAAGACGCGUCAUCCUCGAAUGGCAGCGUGCACCCAGGUUCACGCACUUUGUCUCCUCAGGCUCAGUUCCAUCCUCCUCUCGCGCCAGCGACACCGUUGGGUCCGCCAGCCUUAUAUCCUCGUCCCUCGCCAUACCAGCACCGACCACUGUCGCAGGGCCAGGAGGGUUUCAGAAGGUUAUCUGCGAGCUCUGUAGGCUCCGCGCAGAGUAGAGAGUACAAUCAGCAGCCUCGUGGGCAGUCGGAGCAUUCUCGCAACGGAAGCAUACCAAGAACCUCUGGCGAAAUGCGGGAGAGAGAGCGAAGCAUCGAAAGUGUCAGUCCCAAGACAAUUCCAAAACCGUCUCCACGUCGUGCGAGUGUGUCACUGCCAGAAGAGACGAGGAAAGGCUCUCAGCCUCCGGCGCAGGUUUCGUCUGAUCAAGGCUCACAUCCUCCAGCGCAGGCUUCGUCUGAUCGAGGCUCACAUCCUCCGGCGCAGGCUUCGUCUGAUCGAGGCUCACAUCCUCCGGCGCAGGCUUCGUCUGAUCGAGGCUCACAUCCUCCAGCGCAAGCUUCGUCUGAUCAAGGCUCAAACGGGCAUUUUCACGAAUCAGAUGGGCAACUUCGCGAAUCAGACGGGCAGCCUCAGGAACCACCUAACCGGAUUGAUGAGGCUCACCAGCACGAGACGACUCCUAAAUCGGCAUCGACAUCGGCAGAACCGAGAGCGACGCCCCAGCAUCAAAUAUACCACCCAAGCCCGGGCACUGCAGUAGUGGACAACACCACGCCACAAUCCAUACAAUCCAUACAAUCCCCCUUCUCCGCCCAUACAAGUCCUCCAGCAACCGUCCAGGCAACACUAAAACGGACUGCGAGCGUAGUUUCUAGUGCCAAUGCCACACCACAACCACCGAGGAAGAGACGGAGGCGAGAUGAUGUUCCUAUAUUUGCUCGUAGCGCUCGAAGUAGACCUUUGAGGUUCAUCGACGCACCGCCGGCAGUCGCACUGGCGAGAAACCACCCUCUGGUCAGAAAGGACACCCCAACCUAUCACAUUCCGAAUGGUCAACCUCAAGAUCAUGGUAUUCCUCCAGCAGAUACAGCUGAAAAUCAAAAUCAAAAUCAAAAUCAAAAUCGCUGGGAACCAUGCAUCACAAACGUGGUUCCCUACGAAGAUCUCUCGCGCAGAGUCAGUGAUUGGAUUUACCAGACAAUUGGGAUGGCUGAAGCCCCCGGGGCCGGAGCCGUGUUUGAGAUUGAGGCAAAACUUGGCUCUAUUGUUGACGAACAGACUGGGCACCGUCUCAUUCUCCCAGUGGAAACGGAAGCGCUUUUCAAUCGUGACAAGUUCUGGGGAAGGACCAGCUUCCAGACUUCCAUGACCGUGGCUCAACAUCAAAUAUUAAAUACCUUUCUCAACGAUCUGGUGCACGAAACAAUGCGCGACUCUACGGGCCGUCCGGUGAUCGGCUACGAUCAUCCUCGCGAAUAUGACGAGUUCUACGAAUUGACAGAGGAGGGCCGGCGAAACCUGGCACCGAGCAUCUUAACGUGGCUCAAUCCUCGACAUAAGCCUCGGGUUCGAAGCACAAUCGACGAAUCCACCAAUCGUCUCAAGGCGCAAAUCAUCAAGUCACGACUCGCAGAUAUCGAUAUCUAUAACCCCAAUUCAGAUUUCGACUACAGAAUCUCCAUCUCCAUUGAAAGUCCAUGGGAAGGCGAGCGUCAGUGGCUUACAGAGAUGACAGGUGGCGGACGUGACAGAAAGAAAGAUCGGAUGAGCUAUAGACAUUUGGGGUACCAGAUCGAUCUGACUCAAGUGAGCUACACAAACAGACCGGAGAAGGAACACGAAUUGGAGAUUGAGAUCAGCACUGAACAAAUCCGCGUGGAGCUUGCGAAUCUUCGAGACGGUCGGCCUAGUAAAUACGAGGAGCUCGUCCGAGGGCUCCUGGACAACGUGAGGACCUUAUGCCGAACGGGGUCUGUCAAGAAGGUCCGGUAA